CGCGCAUUGCCGACACCGGAAGUAGUAGCCAAGUCGGCGGCGUUCAGCUGGAGUGGUGAACCGGGGAGGAAGCGCAAAGAAAAGGCCGACUUAUGAAGAAAGACCAGCCGCAUAACUCAUCCAUGGAAUGAAAUCAGAGCUGACGUCUGAAAGUUAGCCUGUCCCCCAGUGCGCUGAGUCCGAUCAGAAGCAGGGUGACAGCGUACUGUUUGCGCCACACACAUCGCCCGUUGUGCUGCACCGUCUCAUCUGAGUGCAGUCAAGGUGUGUGUGCGCAAGAGCACGCAACUUGUGUGAGCGGAUCUCCCUAUGUGUGUGACAAUGGGGGACAUCAGUGACCUGGACCGACAGAUAGAUCAGCUACGACGCUGUGAGCUGAUAAAGGAGAAUGAAGUCAAAGCACUGUGUGCCAAAGCAAGGGAGAUCUUGGUGGAAGAAAGUAAUGUCCAGCGAGUGGACUCGCCGGUCACCGUAUGUGGCGAUAUUCAUGGGCAGUUUUAUGACUUGAAAGAGUUAUUUAGAGUGGGCGGAGAUGUUCCAGAGACAAACUAUCUCUUCAUGGGCGACUUUGUGGACCGAGGUUUCUACAGCGUGGAGACCUUCCUUCUGUUGCUCGCUCUGAAGGUCAGGUACCCAGACCGGAUCACCCUGAUCCGAGGGAACCACGAGUCACGGCAGAUCACCCAGGUGUACGGCUUCUACGACGAGUGCCUCCGCAAGUACGGCUCGGUCACCGUGUGGCGGUACUGCACCGAGAUCUUCGACUACCUCUCCCUCUCGGCCAUCAUCGAUGGCAAGAUCUUCUGCGUGCACGGCGGCCUGUCCCCGUCCAUCCAGACCCUGGACCAGAUCCGGACCAUCGACAGGAAGCAGGAAGUGCCCCACGACGGGCCCAUGUGCGACCUGCUGUGGUCUGACCCCGAAGACACCACGGGCUGGGGCGUGAGCCCGCGGGGCGCCGGCUACCUGUUCGGCUCCGACGUGGUGGCCCAGUUCAACGCGGCCAACGACAUCCACAUGAUCUGCCGCGCCCACCAGCUGGUGAUGGAGGGCUACAAGUGGCACUUCAACGAGACGGUGCUCACCGUGUGGUCGGCGCCCAACUACUGCUACAGGUGCGGUAACGUGGCGGCCAUCCUGGAGCUGGACGAGCACCUGCAGCGGGAGUUCAUCAUCUUCGAGGCGGCGCCGCAGGAGACCCGGGGCAUCCCCUCCAAGAAGCCCGUGGCCGACUACUUCCUGUGAGCGCCACCCCCCCCCCCCCCCCACCCCCUCGGGACAAGAGUCGGGCGGGGUCCAAAACAGAUAAGCUCCUCCCCCUCCCCCCCAACCGCUCUCCCGAUAGGACAGACGCUCGCCCGCACCCACCGCCCGUCUUUCACUUAUGAGCGGUCGCGGCACCCCCCCCCCGGUGUGCGGCCCACGAAGAGGGAGCCCCCCCCACCACACUGCCAGCAGCGCGAUGGUUUCCCCGGACACAAGGCUCCGUCAGCGCCGACCUCCGGACCUGGGCCCAUGACUUUUGUAACUGUCGUCUAUAGCGCUUUCAAAACGGCGGCCAUUCAAUUUCGUUUUUAAAAUGUUCCGACUCUGUCGCCGCUGUGGUCGUCUCCUCUCUCUGAUCUCUGUAGAUACCCCCCCCCCCCCCCCCCCCCCCCCCCCCUACCUCUCGCCUUUCCUUCCACAAACCUAUUUGUAGUAUUUUUACAUGAACAGUCAGAUAGUUGGGACGGGGGACGUGGAAGGAGGUAUAAUUGUUUUUUUAAUGAUAUGCAGACUUUUUCAUUUGAGCAAUUUCUUUAAUACAUUCUUAACACUUUAUUGUUUUCCUCUUUUUGUAUUUUGUUGAUGCCAGAAUUAUUUACAAAAUGACAAUUUUCUUUUCCUUGCUUCUGAACUAUUCUUGGUAUCACGUUCUCUAAUGGGUUCAUUGCAGUUCCUUUAACUGCCCACAAGGAGUCAUGAUAUCCACCAUAGUUUCUCCCAUCUACAAAUCUGUCAAUUUUGAUAUUGUAAGAAUAAAGUCUUUUGUAUCGACAUUUAUCUGUGCUUUUAUGCUGUGUAUAUGCAAGUGCUGGUCCAUUUAUGUAGUGCACUAUUUAGGGUGACUCUAUUUUGUAGUCAAAUGUGCGGUGGUUGACGAUAUAGUGCACUACUUUAUCCCCAUAAUGCAGCCUUUUAAUCACUUAUUUCUGCACUGUAUCCCGUGCUGCAUCGUUAUCCUCUGACAGAGAUGGUCCAACACGUAAGCACAAGGUGAAUAAGGGUGGGGAAAACUCCAAAACGUGUCGGCUUGUUUAUGGGACCGCCAUUGACAUGACGCUGAUGAAUGUCCCGUGCAUGUGUCCAAUUUCCCCAUGUACGUAUUGCCUAAAUAGUUUACUAUAGAGUGUUAACUAGGGAAGUACUAAUGCAAUGUGGCUCAAUGGAAAGCAUCUACUUGACCCUUACUACUGGUGAAUGCAUUUCAUACAACUUGUUUUUGUGAUUAAAUGAGUGGCUGUGAGUGAGGUAAUAAAAACAGACAAAGUUCAUGAAUGAGAUGCCAAUAAACCCCUAAUCACAGCGACAGGAAAAAAAGCAUACAAAGCUAAGAUACAAUGAAUAAUAUUAAAGUAGGUGAAAGAUAAGCCAUAAUAACGUGCACUGCUUUUACUCUCCUUUUGGACAUAUACAUUAUACUUAUAC